UAAUUCGAUCAAUUCUUCAGUGUUUGGAUACACGAAAGACGCAGAGAACGAACAAAAGAAAUACGAAAGCUCGAAGCUCUAAACAUGGCGGCAAAACACCGAGCAGUAAAAGCAGUUCUUCUUCUCUUCCUUUCAGGAUUUUUGUUAGGAUUAGCAGUGGCUGCUGAUGAAUCUCCGAAGCUCGGGACUGUGAUUGGGAUAGAUCUGGGAACAACAUAUUCGUGUGUGGGAGUUUACAGGAAUGGUCACGUUGAGAUUAUAGCGAACGACCAAGGAAAUCGAAUUACCCCUUCAUGGGUUGCAUUCACCGACACCGAACGUCUGAUCGGGGAGGCGGCGAAGAAUCAAGCCGCACUCAAUGCAGAACGGACUAUCUUUGAUGUCAAAAGACUCAUCGGGCGGAAGUUUGACGAUCCGGAGGUUCAGAGAGAUGUAAAGUUCUUUCCUUAUAAGGUUGUGAAAAAAGAUGGGAAACCGUAUAUUCAGGUGAAGAUGAAAGAUGGAGAGACUAAGGUGUUUAGCCCUGAAGAAAUCAGUGCUAUGAUACUGGGGAAGAUGAAGGAGACGGCUGAGGCAUAUCUCGGGAAGAAAAUUAAGGAUGCCGUUGUUACUGUUCCAGCUUACUUCAAUGACGCACAGAGACAGGCGACUAAGGACGCAGGUGUAAUUGCAGGGCUUAAUGUGGCUCGGAUAAUUAACGAGCCCACAGCUGCUGCAAUUGCCUAUGGAUUGGACAAAAAGGGAGGAGAGAAGAACAUUUUGGUAUAUGAUCUGGGUGGUGGUACAUUUGAUGUUAGUAUCUUAACGAUCGAUAAUGGCGUCUUUGAGGUUCUUUCAACCAGUGGUGAUACCCACUUGGGAGGAGAAGAUUUUGAUCACAGGGUUAUGGACUACUUCAUUAAGCUGAUCAAGAAGAAGUAUAACAAGGACAUCAGCAAGGAUAACAAGGCCUUGGGAAAGCUGAGGAGGGAAUGUGAGCGUGCCAAGAGGGCAUUGAGUAGCCAACACCAGGUCCGAGUUGAGAUUGAAUCCCUCUUUGAUGGGGUUGAUUUCUCUGAGCCAUUAACGAGGGCGAGAUUCGAGGAGCUGAACAUGGAUUUGUUCAAGAAGACUAUGGGUCCAGUGAAGAAGGCCUUGGAAGAUGCAGGAUUGAAGAAGACUGAUAUUCACGAAAUUGUACUUGUUGGAGGAAGUACCCGGAUUCCUAAGGUUCAACAACUUCUGAAGGAUUUCUUUGAUGGGAAGGAGCCCAACAAGGGUGUCAACCCUGAUGAAGCUGUUGCUUAUGGUGCUGCUGUUCAGGGUGGAAUUCUCAGUGGUGAAGGUGGUGACGAAACCAAAGACAUUCUUCUUCUCGAUGUUGCACCACUGAGCUUGGGGAUCGAAACAGUUGGUGGGGUUAUGACCAAAUUGAUCCCAAGGAACACUGUGAUCCCAACAAAGAAGUCUCAGACUUUCACAACCUAUCAAGAUCAGCAGUCAACAGUUUCGAUUAAGGUUUAUGAAGGUGAGAGGAGCUUAACAAAGGAUUGUCGUGAGCUUGGGAAAUUUGAUUUAUCGGGUAUUCCACCAGCUCCAAGGGGAGUUCCACAAAUCGAAGUCACCUUUGAAGUUGAUGCCAAUGGCAUUCUUCAUGUGAGGGCAGAGGACAAGGCAGCAAAGAAAUCUGAAUCAAUCACCAUAACAAAUGACAAGGGGCGUCUGAGCCAGGAGGAGAUUGACAGAAUGGUGAAGGAAGCAGAGGAGUUUGCGGAGGAGGACAAGAAGGUGAAGGAAAAGAUCGAUGCAAGGAACAAGUUGGAAACUUAUAUUUACAACAUGAAGAGCACCAUUAAUGAUAAGGACAAGCUUGCAGACAAGAUCGAGAGCGACGACAAGGAGAAAAUCGAGACUGCUUUGAAGGAGGCACUUGAAUGGUUGGAUGAUAACCAGAACGCAGAGAAGGAUGACUUUGAGGACAAGUUGAAGGAAGUGGAGGCUGUUUGUAAUCCAGUAAUAAAGCAAGUGUAUGACAAGAGUGGUGGAAGUUCUUCAGGAUCAGAUGAUGAAGAUGAACCUAAUGAUGAACUAUAGAAACAGAACUGUGUUGAGUUUUCCCCCCUUUUUUUUUCCCCUCUGCAAUUCUAUCAAUGGGAUUCGGAGACCAAUUUUUUCUGAGGUUUUUCUGUUUGUUCUAUCCCCUUCAAUAGUUCUUAUUUUGGAAGUUGUUGUAUAGUAGAAAACAUCUGAUAGUCUUUGAAAUUUUAUAUUCUUCACUUGGCUGAA